AUGCGACGAAAUGCCAUAGCGCCUUUCUUCAGCAAGCGCUCGGUCCAAGCUCUCGAAGAGCUCGUCGUAGACAACACCAAGAAGCUUAUGGAUCGUUUCGCCGGCGAACUUGAGAAGGAAGGGCCCAAAGCCGGUGUCGUGAACCUUAACGACGCAUAUGCUGCUUUCACCAUGGACACCAUUUCCGAAUACUGCUUCGGCGAAUCGAUCAAAGCCCUAGACCACGACGAUUACGCUAAAGUCUGGCUCAAGGUAAUGCACGACGGGAUUCAGAUCGAGCCAUUUGCGCGUCAAUUCCCUACUAUCAUGAACUUCAUGCUCGAUCUUCCGCCCAAAGUUGUCGAGAAACUAAGCCCCGGCGUAGCCACAGUGAACACCUUCAGUCUCAGGACGCUGGGCAGGAUUGAACGCAUUAUGAACUUUGAGGACGGCGAUGGCGACGCGAAAAACCUGAGGCGCACGAUAUUCCAUGAUAUACGGGAUGAUGUUGGUUGUAAACUUCCGGAGAAAGAAAAACAUCCUAAGCGGUUGACGGCGGAUGCUAGUGUUAUUCUUGGUGCUGGGACGGAGACGACGGCAAGGACUUUGGCUGUUACUACCUAUUACCUGAUCAAGAACUCAGACGUGGGUGAGAAACUGAGGCAGGAACUAAAGACCGUGAUGCCUACGGCAGAUCAUGAGGUCUCGCUACCCCAGUUAGAAGCUCUGCCAUACCUAACCGCAGUAAUAAACGAAGGCCUCCGCACCGCCCACGGCGUCUCCUCCCGCCAACCCCGCAUCCCCACUGGCGAAUCCCUCCAAUACGGCCCCUACACCCUCCCCCGCGGCACCCCCAUCAUGCAAUCCUCCUACCUCCUCCACACCGACCCUGCCAUCUACCCCGACCCCUUCGCCUUCCGCCCGGAGCGGUGGAUACAAAACCCCAAACUCACACGCUAUCUUUUUGCUUUCGGGCGUGGAAGUCGCAAUUGCCUAGGCAUGAAUCUUGCUACGUCGGAAUUGUAUACGGGGCUUGCGAUGAUUUGGCGGAGGUACAGGAUGGAGGUGUUUGAUACGGUGGAGGGGAGGGAUGUUUUGACGACGAAUGAUUGCUUUUUGGGGAUGCCGGAUUUGGGGAGUGAGGGGAUUAAGGUUAGGGUUGUUGGGGUGGUGGUGGGGUGA